GGAUAAUUAUUGUGGAUUGUUGUGAUUAGAACAUAACCUAUAAUGGAGAGCUUUUAGGUUUUAAAACAAAUUCCAGGGAUGUUUUUUUUUAAAUAUCGCUUAAUCACAUGCGACGUGCAAGUUUAUACAGAAUAGAGAUUACGUUAUCUGCAAUCUUGCAGGAAUAUUUGUAAUUAGAACAUUAACGGAAGUACAUUCAUAGCCUCCUUAUCAACAACCGCAUAAUUUUGGGGUCAUUAGAUGCAUUCCAUUGAAUAAUUUGAUAUAGUGCAGUUCCUGUUCCGGUAUAUUUUUUCAAAGAUAUGAAGAUGAAUUCUAACGCAAUUUUAAAAAUCGGUGGAAGCAUAGACGCUAAACAGGAUAAGAUGGUUCCAAGUUUAUUUAUGCAGUGUCAUCCAAUAACUAAUGCGAAAGAGAUUAAAGAUGUGAUUUUUGAACCACCAUCGUGGGUGGACAGAGUUGAAACUUUAAAAAAGAGAAGUGCCACUGUUGUAAAGAAUGUAUUAUCUGAUUGUCACAGUGAUUCUAAACACUUCAUUGUGAGGAACAGACUAGAUUCAAAAACUGUUCCGCAGACAUUGGUUUGUCAUGAUUAUAAAGGAGGGUAUUUGGAAGAUAGAUUUAUAUAUUUUGAAAAUGAAAGUAUACAAGGUGAUGGUUACACAUUUUAUAAUUGGGCACAGAUAGAUUAUUUUGUCUAUUUUAGUCAUCACUUUGUUACCAUACCCCCUUUAGCAUGGAUAAAUGCUGGCCACAGGAAUGGGGUUAAAGUAUUGGGUACCUUAAUAACCGAAUUUAAAGAGGGAACCAAAAUUUGCGAUGAGGAUAUUUUCGAGAGUAUCCCGUCAAUGAUGGAUUUUGCACAAGAUUUAGUUGACUUGACCAGAAUAUUUGGAUUUGACGGCUGGUUGCUUAACAUAGAAAACGAAGUAAAAAAUCCAAAAAUCCUCCAGGAAUUUGUUAAACUCUUCACCGAAUUGAUUCAUAACGAUAAUGAAGAAAACGUCGUUAUAUGGUAUGACAGCGUUACUGAGGACGGUAAAUUGCAGUGGCAGGAUGAACUUAAUGAAAGAAAUCGUUGUUUCUUUGAUCGGUGCGAUGGGAUCUUCUUAAACUAUAGUUGGAACGAGCAGAAACUAAUAAAUACCGUUGAAAACGCUGCUCAUAGGAAUUUUAACGUAUUCGUUGGUAUCGACGUCUUCGGAAGAAACAUGUUUGGCGGCGGCAAAUUUAACACGUUUAAGGCAGUCGAAAUGGUAACGAGAUACAACUUGUCCAUUGCGCUGUUCGCACCAGGUUGGACGCACGAGACGAUAGAUAGAAGCGCAUCUGGAACGAUAUUUGACGAUUUCUUAACCCGAGAUUACGCGUUCUGGUGUAGUCUCUGGCCUUAUCUGUACACGCACCCCAUUAACGACUAUUUCGAAACGGAUUUUUACAUCGGACUUGAUAGGGCAUACUAUAAUUUGUUCAGGCAAAGACAACAGCCGUCGAGGUUCCUCUACCCUCAAAACUCGAACCUGGUGGCCGACAUAGCUUCGAUACCCACAUUGAUUAAUACUUGCUCGUGUAUGCAGCAAAAAGCUUUAAAUUCAAGAAACGGAUGUUUCCUGUCCAAGGAAAAUUUGAAACUAAACACGGAAUUUGUCCACCACUUGUUCGUAUGCGAGCUCGAGAUUCGUGGAACGAAUCUGACAUAUUUUCUGACGAAGAGUCUGACUGAUGGCCCGUCGGAGAUGAGUGUCACUUUACUGACUCGUUCGAAGAGCGGCGCUUUUCGGAAAAUUAAACUGCUCGCUGAUUUUAAAGAAGGUACUACCGACGAUCAGUCGCUUUUGGAGGUCAAUCCUAAAAGAACCUCUCUGCAUAAUGAUAAUGAAGUUAGAGUUAUCCAUAACAAGUUUGAUAGUUUGAAAGAGGGCGAUUUCCACCUGAGCUUAUAUGAAUUCUACACGCCACCUUGCACAAUAUUGGAAAUUGGAGCUACUAUUGAGGCGGGCAAUUCUAUACACCUCUGCGGUUUCGGUAUAAAGCGACUACUUUCGUCGUCCUAAAUUAAAUUAUACAAAUAUAAUGUACAUUAUGUUAAAAUAUAUUGCAAUAAAAACGA